AUGAAUAUUGUGACUAAAGAUGGUGGGGGCUGCGCGAACGCAAACCCCCCUGCCACAAAUAAUGACGUAGGCUCUUCCUCUUGGAGAAGACUUUACGCUAAGCGCCCCUCCUUAAUGUGCAAUGGAGGAACGGAGUGGAGAGUACUGAAGAACAUUUUUUUAGCUCUGCGUGUCUCUCUUCUAAAAAUCGCCAUUAUCGUCAAUCUCGCAGGAGGGUCACGAAGAUCAUGGGUCUCUUCUCUUCAAAGGUUUUUUUUGUUUAAGAAUGCACCAGUAUUUGCUCUUGGAUACUACACAAAUGAUGCUUUAACCCCUAAUGCAAAUAAACUAAUCAAAGAAGCCAAACAGUGCUUGGCUCAAGGCAAGUCCUUAGUAAAGAUGCGUGAGGCUGAGGUGGCUGAAGCCGAGUCCAUAGUAAAGAUGGCUAAGUCUGAGCUCGCUGAGGUGAAAAGAAUGAGAAAGAUUAUGCUCGAUCCAUAUAAUGCUAGGUUGGAAGAGUUGAUAGAAAUGAAACAGGCCGAACGACAUUUGCAAGAAGAAACUGAGCGCAGUUACAUACGAGGAAAUGGAUCUGAAGAAGCUAUCUGAUUUGGUGCAGAGAGUGAAGGCAGAAUAUGAACUCUUCAAAAACUGAGUAGCUCAAGCUUUUGAUGAUCUGACCUUGGUUAAUUCUUAACUUUUGAGUUCUGUUAGUAAUAGGAAAUUGUAAUCCUGAAUAUGUAUCAACUUAUGAGUAACAGUAUCUAGUUUGUUUUGUUGUUAGUAAAUCAUAUUUAGCCUUAACUA